GUGUUCAAGACGUUCUUAGCCAGUUGUCGAGUAUCGUUCUGGUGUGCGAUCCAUGUCAAAUAGUUCAGAGUAGUCAAGUGUAUAAAAUAAACGGUACUCCGAUUGGCUAUAAAAAUUUUAAAAAUGGUCAAGAUAUUCGGCAAAAUGAUAAGUAAAACAAGAAUGUAGUGCGGGAGCUGAAGUUUCGGAUGGCCGUUGGAACGGUGGUCGCAGUCUCGGAGGAAAAAUCAUUUCGUCUAUUUUCACGGUCGUCCAUCUUGUCUUGUGCCACGCCAAUCAAACUCCACACGGCCUACUAUUUUAUGACUCAUAACCCCUAAACUCGACCGAAACACCGAUUCAGGGGAAAAUCGAGUGUAGCAGCAUGGAUGCUAAUUUAGCGGUGGAGGAGGACCUUUCAUUUCAACUCGGUGAAAUGUUCGACAGCUAUGAAGAACUCGAGCAAAAGUUAGAAUCAUUUUCUAGGCGGAGUUUGGUCCAUUAUUGGCGAAGGGACAGCAGAACGGUCAGCGGCGCGCACAUGAAAACAGCACGACCGAUCAGCGAACGUCUACGCUAUUACUCCGUCAAAUAUGCCUGUAUUUACGGCGGCCAAAAGUUCCUCCCACGGGGAGCCGGCCGUCGGCAGUCCCAGUCUAUUCGAACCAAUUGUCCUGCACACAUUAUGCUCAGAGCAUCGAAAGAUGGAAAAAAAUUAGAGGUGACGAGUGUCAAUAACGAACACAAUCAUGAAAUUUCAGAGGAACUCUUCAAAAACUUGCCGCAGGAAAGGAAACUUUGCGGUGAAAUAAAGCAGGAAGUACAAGAUCUCAUGCAGUUGCACAUUGACCGAAAAAGGCUCAAAGAAUACGUACGCUUACGUACGAACAAAGUAUUGCGAUCUAAAGAUUUGUUCAACAUCGCUGCUGCGAACAAGCAAAAAAGAGAAAUUACCCCAGAAAGAGCCUACCAGUUAUUCAAAAAGAUUCACGAUAUAGAAAAGUUGCAGGGAUGUGACGGUGGAUCAAAACGGUACUCAGAAUCUGAAGAUGAGAUAUCAGAUAGCAUUAAGAAGAUUAAAAAGGAACAUGAAUCACCUUGGGGCCAGGAUCAGAGGUUGGCGGAGCUGGAUGCAAGUGAGGAAAAUGACGGAGAGGAUUGCUACACGGCUCAGCUCACGCAAGAGGAAGUGGUUGACGAUAUAGAUGUAUCUGAAGAACAGCUACUAACAGCAAAUAAUCAAGGGGAAAUAAUGACCGCCGAUGGGGAAAUAGUUGGAGAAUUAGUGAUGGAGGAUGGCGAUCCAUCGGUAAUAGUCGAAUCAAUUGUUAAUGCAGACGGUUCUGUGUUUGUUGAUGAACGGGAAUUCAACAGCUACUGCGAUAAUCAUUUGUCCCAUCAUGUUGUUGAUGACAGUCAGUCGUCUACUCCACCAGUUAUAGACAUUAGUUCGUUGACGGGGACUUCGGAAAUCGACAAAAUAACAACAACUUCACAAGCAUCUCCUAAUCAAAUGCAAAGGCAUAGGUCAUUGUCCCCAAGAUCGCAAUUUGACCCAAAAUCAUCUGAAACAUUCAGCGAACCUGCAGAGUCUAGAAUUUGGAUUAUGAAGGAAGCAGCGGUGGCUGAGACAGAGCCAGAAAGUAGUCCAGAAAGCGAGUCCAACAUGAUCAAGUCGCCUAAGAGCUACAAAGAUGAUGUUGAACCUACGAAUGUUAUUAUAUCUGAAGAAACUAGCCAUCAACUUCUACAAGAACAACUGGCAGUGCUAAGAGCUGAGCGGGGCAAAUUAUACCAUGAGACUGAAAUGCUUAAGCUGAAAAAGGAUAAACUAAAGAUACAGAUGAAUUGCUACUCAAACGAAAUUAGAAAACAGGAGAUGGAGAAAGAGAAGCUGAGGCUUGAAAUUAAAUUAUUACAAUCCAAAGUUAUGGAGGACGCGAAUGAUGUUUCGCAUUACAUUUUCGUGCCUUAGGCCGAUAUCCAAAUCUACUCUUCAGUACUAUAACGACAUUUUGUAUAAAGGUAUUAUUCAUAAAAGUGAUUAUCAAACCGAUCAAAUCAUUCUUCCCAACGCAAUGUUUACAAAUGUUUUUUGGUCAAUUCUAAGUUGUCAAAACGAUCACACGUGCCUAUGGUAUUUAGACCAUCAUUUG